AUGGGCGUGGCCUGUUUGCUACAAAGUCCGACGGUCAAAACAAUGAUUGAGCCAGUUAUAUGCAACAGCUUUUUCAGAGUAGAGCCACUUCUGGGUCAUAUCAAGAGUGUCGCUGAUACAGACACUUGUAUCAUGAAGGAAAUAUCUGGUAUUGAAUUUCAAAGUGAAAACAUUAGAACAAACUGUCUUAUUCUGAGGUUCAUAACAGUUUUGUUAAAUCUAUCACUCACAGAAUAUGAGACGUUAGCACUACAGAAAUGUACGGCAGGUGUUUUGGUAAAAACAGCAUUUUUAUAUCUCAUCAAUAGUUUAACAGAAAAUACAAAUAAGAAAGUCUACAGAUCAGACACACCGAUUGGUAACUUGUUGAAGCUGGCAGGUAGAGUGGGUGAUGUGUCUCGUUUGUUGUACCUUGCUCUGUAUUACUACAGAACAUGUAAAUAUAGAGAGGCGCUUCAUGUUACAGCUCUGGUUAAAUCAAGACUCACACAGCCUUAUAUCAUGUAUGACACAGUUGACCGAGAUAGGUACAAUGAUUGCGUGGCUGGUUGGUCUCUGUCUAAACGCAUGAAGAAAGCUUGGUUAAAUCAUGUACACAUGUUAAGUGUGUUAUGUAACUACAGACUAGGUAACCGGUCCCAGUGUCUACAGUCACUGACAGACCUACAGACACUGAUGCUCUAUGAUGACGGGCGAUACGUACCUUUGUGUCUCAGAGACCUCUCGUGGCAGAUACUGGGGAUCUGUCAGCACGUUGUGGGGGACCUACACGGGGCGUUACAGUCUUAUCAACAGUCAUUGAGAGAGAUCCCACUAAACAAAAUACAGAACGCCACAGAAUACAGAAUGGCACUAGUUUUAUAUCAAUUAAACCAGUGAAACAGCGGUGCGGAUUAUCGAGUUGCAUUCAUUAUGGUAAAUCAUGAACUGCAUAGUAAUACAUGUACUGUUAAUUUACAUAUCAGAAAAUAUUUUUGAUUCAUCAAAUUGUUAGUUGUUACCAAUUUUCUGAGCAGAGGCAUUGAUUUAACAGAAAUACAAGUUGGUAUGACUUGACUGUAAAUGAAAAUAGAGUAACGGAAAUGAAAUGACAAUUUGCUCUCUGUUUUUACAUGUGAACCAACCCCAUCUAUUCCCCAAGUAUUUAGAACCCCGGGACUUAACUCAUUUUUCAUCAAAGUAUCCUUUUAUGACAUAUUUGUAAACUAAUGUGUGCAUUCAAUGCACAGUUAAGCAUUGAAUCCGUAUUCUUUGAAAGAUAUGGUCUCAUAACUGCAACGGUGUGUGCAUCCAAAUUAAAAAUGCGCGCUAGUGCAUUAUGAAAAGUUGUUCGAUUUAUUCUAGACUAAUAUGCAUGUGUACACUGAAUUGAUUUAGUAUCAAGUUUGUAUUUAUUGUACCAUUCAUUACAAUAUUUUGUGAUUAAAAUACUUGU